AUGAAGUUUUCUUCGCUCAUCUCCGCAGCUGCCCUCACUUCGGCCGCUAUCGCUCAAGAGGUUUCCUGCCGUGUCAAUGGCCAGGAGGUUGCCCAGGUUGACUUGGACACUGGUAACUGUCCUUUCAGCAUCCCAAGCGAGCUUCCUGUCACCUUCAGAUUCGACGCUGAGGACGACUACGAGGUUGACGCCUACUACGUCCAGGCUGACCAGAAGUACUGGAACGACAUUGAGAACGCCGGUAGAACCGUUGAGGUUCCUGCCAGAGAGUUGUACGGUAAGGGAACCACCGACUUGUACCACGUCCACGCUGAGGAGUCUCCAUCCUCCAACUCCACCGCCGCCUUGAGAAGAAGAUUCAACGCCCAGAUCUUGCAGGCCAGAGACGAGAAGGACGACCUUAUUGCCUCUAUCAAGAACCAGGACGGUGAGGCUUCCUCUGUCACUGUUGAGGUUGUCGAUGUUAACGCCCCAACCACCACCCCAGCUCCAUCUGAGUCCACUGCCACCGAGACCAACACCCACACUACCAUCAUCACCGUCACCUCUUGCGAGGACAACGAGUGCCACGAGACCACCGCCUCUGCCACCUGGGGUCCAACCACUACCACUGUUGACGGUACCACCACUGUCUACACUACCUGGUGCCCUGUUGUCACUGAGACUAACACCCACACCACCAUUGUGACUGUGACCCACUGUGAGGACGACAAGUGCCACGAGACCACUGCUCCUGCCACUUGGGGCCCAACCACCACCACCGUUGCCGGCGAGAAGACUGUCUACACCACCUGGUGCCCAGUCGAGACCCAGACCCACACCACCGUUGUCACCGUUACUCACUGUGAGGACGACAAGUGUGAGGAGACUACUGCUCCAGCCACCUGGGGUCCAACCACCACCACUGUCGCUGGUGAGAAGACUGUUUACACUACCUGGUGCCCAGUUGAGACUGCUCCAGGUGAGACCCCAGCUGAGCCAGCCCCAACCACCAAGGCCGGUGAGACCACCCCAGCUCCAGAGCAGCCAGCUCCAACUGACCAGGCUCCAGCUCCAGCUCCUACUGACGAGGCUCCAGGUGCUCCAGCUCCUUCCGAGGAGGCUCCAGCUCCAGCCCCAACUGACGAGGCUCCAGGUGCCCCAGCUCCUUCUGGUGAGGCCCCAGCUCCAGGUGCCCCAGCUCCAACUGACGAGGCUCCUGCUCCAGGUCAAUCCACCGUGGCUGGUCCAUCUACUUUGGUGUCUACUCCUGGUGGCGUUGCUCCAACCGAGUCUGCCAUCUCCACCUACGAGGGUGCUGGUGCCGCUGUCAAGGGCUCUUUGCUCGCUUUGGCUGCCAUCCCUCUUGCUUACGUUUUGUAA